CGCCGUCCGACUUCCGGCCAUCUCAGGCACCCGAACUCCGCCCCGAUCCCUUGCUUCAAAAAGCAAAAAACAACAACAAAAAAAGGACUGAAAGAGAAAGAACGCCGGAGCGGGAGCCUGACCCUGACGCCAUCUCUCCAUCCUUCUCCUCCUCCCUGGUUCAGAUCUCUCAUCGUCCCCCGCUGCAUUCCAUCCCGACCCCGUUUGCCACUGGUCACACCCUCUCCAUCGCUUCCUGCCACCGACCACACCCUCUCGAUCGCCAUUCGCCACCGGCCAAAUGGAGGCCAUCCGGAAGCAGGCCUCAAAGUUCCGGGAGCAGGUGGCUCGGCAGCAGCAGGCGGUGAUGAAGCAGUUCGGGGGCGGGUACGGCGCAGACGGCGUGUUCGCGAACGAGGCCGAGGCGCAACAGCACUCCAAGCUCGAGAAGCUCUACAUCUCCACGCGCGCCGCCAAGCACUUCCAAAGGGAUAUAGUUCGGGGCGUCGAGGGCUACAUCGUCACGGGGUCGAAGCAAGUCGAAAUCGGGAACAAGUUAUGUGAGGAUGGCAAGAAGUACGGCACCGAGAACACUUGUAGCAGUGGAAGCACACUGUCGAAGGCGGCGUUAAGUUUUGCUAAGGCACGAUCCAUGAUGGAAAAGGAAAGGGGUAACCUGCUGAAAGCCCUUGGCACACAGGUUGCAGAACCUCUGAGGGCUAUGGUUAUGGGAGCUCCUUUGGAGGAUGCUCGCCACCUUGCUCAAAGGUACGACAGAAUGCGUCAAGAAGCUGAAGCGCAGGCUAUUGAAGUUUCGAAGCGCCAAAUGAAACUAAGAGAGGCGUCUGGAAAUAGUGAUAUGGUUUCAAGGCUAGAAGCAGCUGAGUCAAAGCUGCAAGAGUUGAAAUCGAAUAUGGGGGUAUUGGGCAAAGAAGCUGUUGCAGCAAUGACUGCCGUUGAGGCCCAACAGCAAAGAUUGACCUUGCAGCGUCUUAUUGCAUUGGUUGAAUCAGAGAGAAACUACCACCAAAAGGUCCUACAAAUUCUUGAUCAACUUGAGAGAGAGAUGGUAUCUGAGCGCCAAAGAAUCGAAGGAGCACCUCCGGUGGUUGAGAGUUCCAUGCCUCCACCGCCUGCAUAUGAAGAAGUCAAUGGUAUAUUCAUGAGAAAUACAGUUGCAGAAUUGGUCGAGACUGUGGAGUAUUUCUUGGCUGAGGCAAUCCAGUCAUACCAAGCCGAAAGCGAUACCGAGCUCAACCUUUCAACUGGUGACUACAUAGUGGUCCGAAAGGUGUCGAACAAUGGAUGGGCCGAAGGUGAAUGCAGGGGGAAAGCUGGUUGGUUCCCCUACGACUACAUCGAGAAACGGGAGCGUGUGCUUGCAAGUAAAGUCGCCCAAGUUUUCUAAGUCUUCCGCUGAGCCAUGUAGUAUCCCCGGGGUUGUACAAUGUGUGUUGUUUAUGCUUGUCAUCUUCAGAGAAUCAGAGGAGAUCUGUAAUUUUGCUGAAAGCUGCCUGUUGGGUGGUUUGUUUCUGCCUGGCCGCCUCAAUUGUUCAAAUUCAUGUGGCAGGAACUGAAUAUAUUCAUUCUUC